AUGCUGGCUUAUGGGACACCUGUUGACUUUGUGGACGAGUAUAUUAGAAUUGGUGAAACUAGUGUAGUGGAAUGCUUACAAAGAUUCAUGAAAGGAAUUUGUGAAAAAUUUAGGGGUGAGUAUCUGAGACGCCCUAAUAACGAAGACAUUCAACUACUACUAUGGGUGGGAGAGGCACGUAGGUUUCCUGGAAUGCUAGGUUCAAUUGACUGUUCAAAUAAUGAUAUUACUGUCUUAAAUGCAUCUAAUGUAUUUAACGAAGUUCUUUUAGGAACUGCUCUGACAGUGCAAUACACCGUGAAUAGAACCCAAUAUAAUAUGGGUUACUAUCUAGCAGAUGGCAUAUAUCCAGACUUUGCUACAUUUGUCAAGACCAUCUCCAUGCCACAGGGGAAAAAAAGGAAAUUAUUUGCCGAACGACAAGAAUCAACGAGAAAGGAUGUAGAACGUGCAUUUGGAGUGCUUCAAUCUCGAUUCGCAAUCAUACGAGCUGGUCAAGCUGAGCAGUUGAUGAGGGAUGGAGUUGAGUGCUUCAUGUUGUUUGCUACUGUGAGUAUUGAGACGGAGAGGGCCAUCACUGGGAUUGAGAUUGUCAGUGAGUUUCUUGAGGUGUUCCCAGAUGAUGUGUCGGGAUUGCCUCCUAUUGUGAUAUUGAGUUUAGCAUUGAUCUGCUACCCGACGCAAGAUCGAUAUUAG